AUGGGGGCAAUACUAUCGUUAUUCCAAGGUGGUGAGCGUGGCGAUAAAAUUAUUCUUGACUUUGAGAAUGUUAUCCCAAACGAAAAGGAACAGGACUUGUACUCUCAAGUUGACAAAAGUCUCCAACGCUCGUCACAAGUGUUAGACGAGAUAACUAACUACAAAGGAUGUGAAGAAUUAAUACGAAAGGCUAUCUCACAAGUGUCUCAAGAAAACGAAGAAGCAUGUUGGAAAGCUUUAAUACCACGUGUUGACAUCCUUUUUAACUUCUACGAUUUUUCCAAUCAAUUAAAGGAAAUAUUUACUCAAAUCAUUCAAGUGCUUUCGAUGGAAGAAGCAAAGUCAUCUCUUACAAACUAUCAAGGCCUCUCGAAACAACUUGGUCUUGUCUUGAGCUUUGUGUUGCAAUUUGACAACAAGAAGUUGGGCAAUUCGUCCAUUCAAAACGACUUUUCGUAUUAUAGAAGAACACUGAACAGAAUGAAAGGUGUCAAGAAAGAUUAUGAAAUCAAAAUUAAAGACGAUGUCGCAAAUAAGAUGUCGAUGUUCUUUGCGUUUUCAUCUCCGAUGAUGAAAGUACUCACAGAGGCGGUCAACGACUUUUCGAAAAAUGCGUCCGAUGUCGUGAAAGAUAACAUCAGCGGGUUGUUAUGCACUUUGGCGAAUGUAUGCAACGACAUGGUCACUUCACAAACAUUUGAGAAGGUCGAAACAAAUUUGUUUUGUCUCAGAGUCAUGACAGGGAGCAUCAUCUUGAAUGAUAUUGUGUCGGCGUUUGGGAGUUUUCACAAAAAGACGCCAAUACGGGUGAGGGAGUGUAUCAUGCAAUUAAAGAACUACGGACAACAAGACGAACUGAUUUGUGAAACUACUAAAAGUCUUCUUGAUACAUUGAGGUUCACAUCAAAACACAUCCAAGACCAAGAGACACCUGGGUACAUUAAAGCACUCCUCAUUUGA